GAAAAUAUUUUUCUUCCCUCUUGGAGCCUCACCGUUCCCUCGUCGAAGUACGAGCGCCAAUCCACUCUGUCUCUCUCUCGAAGAGGCCGGCUUGUUUCGUCCCGAAGAUCUCGUGUUGCCUCGUUCCCCCGACUCUCUUUAUCCUAAGUCCGAAACACGAAGAAAACACGGCGUGGACCCUGUCCAACUAAAAAAAAAAUACCCCGCCAUCGGAUACCCCGCCACCACCCACGACCGAAGCUAUCUCGAACACCAACACCCAUAACUACGCUGGUUCCUUCUGCGCAAACAUUUGCCAAGCUCCCUUGAACGCGGAAGCAUUGGAUAGACCUCGAGAAUCACUGAUAUCCUGCAAGAUACCGCAAAGAGCAAGGCAAGAUGUGUGGAAUUCUUGGAAUCUGCAUGGGUCAUUAUGACCGGGAUGAAGACAACUGCGACGCUGCGCAGGACAUCCAUGAAGCCAUGUACCUUCUUCAGCACCGCGGCCAAGACGCCUGUGGUAUUGCGACUAGUUCUUAUGGAGGACGAAUCUUCAUGAACAAGGAUUCUGGCAUGGCAGCGACCGUCUUCAAGGACGGCAAGAGGGUCAUUGACUUGCCUGGAUGGAUGGGCAUUGGUCACCUUCGCUACCCUACCUGGGGAAGCAGUGGACGUGCUGAAGCUCAACCGUUUUAUGUCAACAGCCCUUAUGGAAUCUGCCUGUCGCACAAUGGCAACCUUACCAAUGCUGCCGAGCUCCGUGCCUUCCUGGACAAGGACGCUCACAGGCACAUCAACACCAGCAGUGACAGUGAGCUGAUGCUGUCUGUCUUUGCCAACGAGCUUAAUGAGACUGGAAAGGCGCGUAUCAACGAGACGGAUCUGUUCAGCGCGCUCGAGCGCACUUACAAGCGCAUUCAGGGUGCCUGGGCUAGCGUCAUCAUGGUUGCUGGCUAUGGUGUGGUUGCGUUUAGAGACCCUGAUGGUAUCCGUCCUUUGGUUUGGGGUUCUCGCAAGUCGACUCCUAACCCUGAUGAUGACGCUUACGACUACAUGGUCGCGUCGGAGUCGAUUGCUCUGCGCCAGCUGGGCUUCAAGAACAUCACCGAUGUCUUGCCCGGACAGGCUGUUCUCUUCAAGAAGGGCUGCCCUCCUGUCUUCCACCAGAUUCAGGAGCCGGCUUCAUACAGCCCUGACAUCUUUGAAUACGUGUACUUUGCAAGGCCUGACAGUGUCAUUGAUGGAAUCAGCGUCCAUGAGUCCCGCAACCGCCAGGGUAUCAAGUUGGCUGACAACAUCAUCGCUCGACUGGGUGAGGAGGCCGUUAAGGAUAUCGAUGUUGUCAUCCCUAUCCCCGAGACUUCCAACACGGCUGCUGCAGCCUUGGCGGAGCGCCUCAGGAAGCCCUACUCCAUGGGUUUCGUCAAGAACCGUUACGUCUUCAGAACUUUCAUCAUGCCUGGACAGCAGAUGCGGCAAAAGAGCGUUCGCCGCAAGCUCAGCACCAUUGAUUCCGAGUUCAAGGGCAAGACUGUGCUUCUUGUUGACGACUCGGUGGUUCGCGGAACGACUAGCCGAGAGAUCGUCACCAUGGCGCGUGAGGCGGGAGCUCGCAAGGUCAUCUUCAGCUCGUGCUCGCCCGAGGUCAUCCACCCCCACGUCCACGGCAUUGACUUGGCAUCGCAAAAGGAUCUGAUUGCUCAUGGACGCAGCAACGCCGAAAUUGCCGAGCAAAUCGGUGCUGAUGACAUCAUCUACCAGACGGUCGAGGAUCUCGUGGCCUCAUGCGCUGAGUUGUCUCCUCGUGACCCCAAGACGCAGACUUUCGAGAUCGGCGUUUUCAGCGGUUGCUAUGUCACCCCCGUUUCUGAGGCCUACCUGGAGCAGCUCGAUGAUGCCCGCAACAGCGGCAGAAAGCGUAAGGCGCUUGUUGCCAGCAGCGGCCCCGUGAAUACCGGGCCCGCGGACUCUGCGGAAACUCCUGCUGCUAAAAUCGCCAAGACCAAUGGCUUGGCGGCCCGGACACGAGCUGACCCGCAGUCCCCGGGAAACCCUGCGGACAUUGGCAUCCACAACGCGGCUCAUGAGGGGGGAAACUAGACGAUCCAAAGAUGCUCACGCAACUAUCCAGAGAAAGGCCGGAAAUGGGGUAUACAGAAAAUCAAAAAUUCAAGAGAGGCGUUGGGGAGGGAUCGGUAUUUUGGAACUACAUUGCAUUCAUCUCUGAGGUUUAUUACUCAGGCUUGGAGUUGGGUACUUGAUUUGGUACUCGGCUGGUUAGAGAGAGAGAGAGGUAUGUAUAGUCGUCCGUACAUAGGGUUCUUUUCGAACGUCCCGCACAUAGAUGAUUCACAAGAAUUAAUCAUCCAUUCCAACAACUGCUUGGUGGGCAUCAGUCGUCGUUGGAUUGUACCCGGUAGUAGCAUGAGUAAUCUAAAGAGAUAUCCAGAG